AUGGCGGGCGUCGCUGAAAAGGCGCGCUUCUUCCUUGAACGGUCCGUACCGCAGCUGCGGGAAUGGGGCGAAAAGGAAAUCUUUUCCAAGGUACAUUGCGCACCCCCUCCCACAUCUUCUCGACACCAGCCCAAUCUAACCUCGACUCUUUUCUUGAUUUUGCAGGACGAGAUUCGUACAAUUGUCCAGAAACGAAACCAGCACGAGCACAAGGUCCUCGCCCCCGGCAACACCGUCUACGAGUGGUCCGCCUAUGCGCAGUGGGAGCAGUCCCUCGAGACGCUGCGCGCCAAGCGCUGUCGGCGCCUGCGUAUCCGCCACCUGACGUCGGCGCACGCCGGCCAGGGCCGCGUGCUCGGAAUCUACGAGCGCGCCGUUGGGCGGCACCCAGGAAGCAGCGCGCUGUGGCGCGAGUACCUCGCAUACACGGCCGGCGUUAAGGCCUCGAAGCGCUGGCGCCGCACCGUCACCGCCGCACUGCGCAUGCUGCCCGCCGACGCUGACCUCUGGGUCGCCGCCGGCCGCCGCGCCGCCCACAACGGUGACAUGGCCGCCGCCCGGGGCUUCUUCAUGCGCGGCUGCCGCUUCUGCACCGCCGACGACCGUCUAUGGAUCGAGUACGCCCGGUGCGAGAUGGAGUGGCUCGCCAAGAUGGAGGACAAGAAGAACAAGGAGGAGAGCAAGGGCCAGGGAGCGGCGGCGGCGGAACCUGUGCGUCGCGGGCCUGCGGACGAUGACGAGCUGCGCCUCGAGGAGAGCGACGACGAGGGCAAGGAAGAAGACGGCGUCGUCUUGCCCGACCUCACCAAGGUGCAGGCCGAGGUCAUUGACGAAACGGCCGCGCGGCAGCUCGCCAACCCGGCACUCGACGGCGCCAUCCCAAUGGCCAUUUUCGACAUUGCGCGCAAGCAGGGAUUUUACACGCCAGACGUCGCUGAGCGCUUCUUCCUCGUAUUCGCCGCGUUUCGCCCGCUGUCCGUGUACCCGCGCAUCGCGCAGCAUGUGCUGGACGCCCUCGCGGCCGACAGCCCCCGCCACCCGGCCGCGGCCAGCUGCCUCAUCCGCCAGCCGGUGGCCGGCAUCAGCCCGCUCACGGCCGAAUUUCCCCGCGGCCUGCGCGAGGCGCUGCCGCGCCUCGCGGCGCAGCUGGCGGCGACGUCAGACCACGCCGCGCUGGUGCAAAAGACGGAGGCGUGGAUCGACGAGUGCCUGGCGGUCGACGGUCUGCACGAGGGCAUCAGGACGGUCCUGGAGAAUGCAAGAAGCAGCCUCACGGAAGACGCUGAAUGA